AUGAACACAAUUUUCAUAUUUCUUCUCAUCUUUGCACUUCUGAAAGUGCAGAAUUGCAAAGAUGAUUAUGAUCAAUACGAUGAUGAAGAUUUGGCUCUGAGUAUUCCGAAAGACGCUGUUGGAGUCCCAAUGGAAUUCAGGCAACGUGUUUUGAAAGAAAUGGAAAUUCGAGAAAGACCUCAUGACGUUCCGAAAAAUCGAUGCUAUUGUAAUUAUGACGAAUCAAUUUGUGGAAAAAAUAUGACAUGUGUGAAAAAGGACGGAGCUGCUUGUUAUCAUGCUGUUGAAGAGAAAUACAAUAAAGAUGAAAAAAGAAUGGAAACUCGUCAUCAAUGGGGCUGUGCAACUUUGGAAAGAGGUAGUGGAGCAUCACAUCUUACGUGUAACGCAUGGAGAGCAGCUCAUCGUUCUCCAAAAAGUAUCGGAUGCUGUUACGAAGGAAAUUACUGUAAUAAGGACUUGAUCCCUCCUCCGUAUGCUCAUCAUCACAAAGAAAAAGAACUGGAAGAAAUGAAUAACUACACAGAAGACGUUUCUCCGUUCCAGAAUGUUAUAAACGGAGUUGAGAUGUUUCUCAUCAUUAUUUCAGUCUGCAUGUCUGCUUUUGGAAUUCUUUGGUGUACCUAUAGAUAUUGCUCAAAAUCUGGUAAGAAUAAGAAGCCAACAUCUCUUGCGACAGAAUCAACAUUUUUGGAUGAGAAAAUGACAAUGCUCGAAGAUUCUGGAAGUGGUUCCGGUCAAGCCGCGCUACUCCAAAGGACUGUCAGACAAGAUUUGACAAUAAUCAAAACAAUUGGUCAAGGAAGAUACGGAGAAGUUCGGAAAGCAUUGUAUCGUGGAAGUUAUGUGGCAGUGAAGACAUUCUAUACAACAGAUGAGGAUUCAUGGAAGAAUGAAAGAGAUGUUUAUCAGACGAAUAUGAUUAAUCAUGAGAAUAUUUUACAAUUUGUGGCUGCUGACAUCUGGAGUGAAGAAGAUUCAAUGACAAAAAUGCUCUUGAUCACAGAUUAUCAUGAACUUGGAUCACUCUCUGACUAUUUGUGUCGUGAAGAAACACUGACAAUGGACGAAGCUCUCCGUCUUAUUCAUAGUUGUAUAUGUGGAAUUGAGCAUCUUCAUGCAACUGUCCAAGGAACUGGAAGCUUCAGAAAACCAGAAAUUGCUCACCGAGAUAUCAAAUCGAAAAAUAUUAUUGUGAAGAGACCAAAUGUUUGCUGCAUUGCAGAUCUUGGAUUAGCUCUCAGAUACCAGAACGACCAAAUCCUCCCUCAAAAAUUCAAUAUUCAAGUGGGAACGAAACGUUACAUGGCUCCAGAACUACUCUCUAAUACGUUGAAUCCAAUGGAUUUCUCUCAAUUCAAAAUGGCUGAUAUCUAUUCAAUGGCACUUGUUAUGUGGGAAGUUGUGAUCAGAGUGGAGGUGAAUACAUGUGAAGAAGUGUCCGCAAUAGACGAGACAUCGCCUGACCACAGUGCAUCAAGUGGUAUUGGAGAAUCAGUCAGUUCAUCAGAUAACAUAUCCAGAAUGCAACAUCGUCAGAAGACAAAUGUUGAGGGAGCAGCUUCUCUCAAAGCGAAGCCAUACGCACCUCCAUUUGAUGGAACUGUACUCAAUGAUCCAAGUUUCGACGAGAUGAGAGACGUCGUUUGUGUGAGAAAGAUGCGUCCGCCUCCAGAUCCAGCGUGGAAAAAUGUUCCUGCACUCCAUGAAUUGAGCAAGUUGAUGGAAGACAGUUGGCACUCGAUUCCACAUUUCAGACAUACAGCGCUGAAAUUGAAGAAGGAAACAACAAAAUUGAUUGAAAUGACUGAGAGACAGAAGCAACCUCAAGGAAAAUACAUUUUCCAGCAACAAGACAGCGGACUUGUAGAAUCAGCCACGAAUCGAUAUGCAUGUUGA